CAACAAAACAAACAAAAAACUCAUAAUUGGAACGGCAGAGUAAGUCAGAUCACAGACCAAACAACGUCAACGCGCGGUGGUUCUGAAUUAACCUCCGUCCAAACAUGGCUGCUUCAACGGAAUCACCAUUCAAAUCAAACAUAUUGAAAGGUAAAGUAGCUUUGAUUACAGGUGGAGCAUCGGGAAUUGGAUUCGAAAUAUCAACACAAUUCGGUAAACAUGGUGCCUCUGUUGCUCUCAUGGGUCGUCGUAAACAAGUUCUUCAAUCUGCUGUUUCUGUUCUCCAAUCACUUUCAAUCCCAGCCGUUGCUUUUGAGGGUGAUGUUAGGAAACAAGAUGAUGCUGCCAGAGUUCUUGAAUCUACUUUCAAGCAUUUUGGAAAGAUUGAUAUCCUUGUUAAUGCUGCUGCUGGUAAUUUUCUAGCUGCUGCUGAGGAUCUCUCCCCGAAUGGCUUUCGAACAGUUUUGGAUAUCGAUUCUGUUGGCACAUUCACUAUGUGCCAUGAAGCACUUAAAUAUCUCAAGAAAGGGGGGCCAGGAAGGAGCUCUUCUAGUGGAGGGGCAAUAAUAAACAUUAGUGCUACCUUACAUUAUACAGCUUCUUGGUAUCAAAUUCACGUAUCUGCAGCAAAGGCAGCUGUUGAUGCCACUACAAGAAACUUGGCACUGGAAUGGGGAGCAGAUUAUGAUAUUAGAGUCAAUGGGAUUGCACCAGGUCCAAUAAGUGGCACACCUGGCAUGAGUAAACUUGCUCCUGAAGAAAUAAGUAGUAAAGCCAGAGAUGAGAUGCCUCUAUAUAAACUCGGGGAGAAGUGGGAUAUUGCAAUGGCUGCUCUCUACUUAGUAUCAGAUGCAGGAAAAUUCAUCAAUGGCGACACUAUGAUAGUUGAUGGAGGACUUUGGCUGAGCCGGCCUCGUCAUUUACCGAAAGAGGCAGUAAGGCAAGUAUCGCGAACGGUAGAAAAAAGAUCCAGAAAUGAACCAAUUGGUGUUCCAAAAAGCAAGCUAUGAGCCAGCAGAUUCAGUAUUAGCCCCUCGACACUGCAGGGGAUUACUUCCAAUAUGGCAUUCUUAUACAAUAUGAUGAUUUAAAGUCGCGGCUACAUCCAACAGAAAAUAAAAAGGCCAUGGCUAGCAUGAAUCCCAUGAUUGUGUCUUGUACUAUGUGUGCUUAUUGAAACUGUAAGAAAAUUCAGCUGUAAUUUUGAACGUGAUAUGUGGCUAGCUAGUGCCCAAGUUCACAUAAAGAAGUUACCUUCAAAAGGACAGCAUAAACCCAACCAUGAAAGUUGGUUCAUUAGAUUUAGGGUUCUUUUGGAUUUUGUUUAAUAAAAACAUUUUAUUAAAA